UUUCCUUGAGGCAGGGCUUAUUUAUCGUAUAAAAAGCCAGCUCGCAGUUGACUUUACACCAGACAGGAGUGACCAGACAACCCAUUCUUCUCUGUGUACCAGUCCAGCCUCCUUUGAAGCAUGAGUUCUCAGCAGCAGAAGCAGCCCUGCACCCCACCCCCCCCGCUUCAGCAGCAUCAGGUGAAACAGCCCUGCCAGCCUCCACCCCAGGAACCAUGUGCACCCAAAACCAAGGAGCCGUGCCACCCCAAGGUGCCGGAGCCCUGCCACCCCAAGGUGCCGGAGCCAUGCCACCCCAAGGUUCCGGAGCCAUGCCACCCCAAAGUUCCAGAGCCAUGUCCCUCAAAGGUCAUUCCAGAGCCAGCUCAGCAGAAGACCAAACAGAAGUAAUGUGGUCCACAACCAAACCCUUGAGGAGCCGUCCACAGGAUGCUGAAUCCCCUCUCCCACUCUGCUCACGCAUCCUGCUUACAGUUAGCAUGCUGUCAGCCUUAGUCAUAACCCCUCCCUCUAAAUGGCUAUGCACCCUCUAAAAAGACGUCUCUCACACUCACUCUGGAUGGCUGCUGAGCCUCUGAAUGAGGCUGAAAGUCUCACUGGCUGAGCUAGUUUUCUAGCUGCUCAGGGAUCAUUGAAGAGGGAUUUUGGGGGGAUCAAGUGAAUCUUCCCUGCUCUAUCCCCAUUAAAUCACUUUUAACUCCA